CAUUAAUUUUUGAAAUAAGCUGACGUUGAUUGGUCUCCACUGUAAUCGAUAAUAUUUUCACAUCGAUCGCUACUGAAAGCAAAGCGCUUCUAUUCUAAGGCAGCGGGCAGUGACUGUGCUGUGGGCUCGCGCAUGCGCAUUGUGAGCCCCGGAGCCGCAGGAGAUCAGAGCUGCGCUCCGGAGUAAGGGACAGGGUCAUGAGUGUCAAAGUGAACAUGGAGGCUCAACCGAAAGAAGAGCACAGAUCUCUGGAUCCGUCCGCCUCAACUCCCAGUGAGACCAUUCUCAUCUGUGGGAAUGAUGGUGUGGCUAAGAAGGCCCGGCCCCAGCCCCAGCUCCAGCUCCAGCUCCAGCCACAGCCCCAGCUCCAGCUCCAGCCACAGCCCCAGCCCCAACUCCAGCCCCAACUCCAGCUCCAGCUCCAGCUUCAGCCACAGCCCCAGACCCAAACCCAGACCCAAACCCAAACCCAAACCCAAACCCAUCUGCAGACCCAGCCGCAGCCUCAGCCUCAGCCUCAGACCCAGACCCUGCCUCAGACCAAGCCUCAGAGCAAGCCUCAGACCCUGCCUCAGACCAAGCCUCAGACCCAGCCUGAGACCAAGCCUCAGCCCCAGCCCCAGCCUCAGACCCAGCCUCAACCCCAGCCCCAAUCCCAGCCUGAGACCAAGCCUAAGCCCCAGCCUCAGCCCCACACCACCACAGCUCUACUCCUUCCAGCUCCUGCUCUUAGUCAUCAGAAGGUGGAGGUGACUCCAACUGUUGCUGUGGGAGACCUAGGUAAAGGAGUCAGGGCCAAUCACACGGCUCUGCCCACCCUUACAGCACAAGUGGGUGGGGCUUGUAGCAUCGUCCAUGUCCUGGAAUGGAAGGAGGGGAUGGCGAUACUGCCUAGCAGCAACCUCAAGUUCUGUGUGAGUGACGUAGGAACGCUGAGCACACUGAUCACCCCAGGGACGACCAGCAGCACAGCCGAAUUAGCAGCAGGGACUUCUGGGAGAUCCGCCGAUGCAGAAGGGGCUCCAGCAGACAAGCCAGAUGUGUCAGCCCCUGUAGGCCCUGUGCGAGGCGCAGCUGUAGAGCUGGGAAGGUUGGUUUCCAUCAAACCUGAAGUUCAGGUUGGACUGGGACAACUUAGCCAUGAUCCCAGAGCGCAGAGGCCCUACAUGGAGGAGCUACGAAGAGAGCCCAUCACUGACAGGAGGAGCGCUGGCGUGGAGAAGGUGCCGGCAGGUGGCAGGGUCUCCUCCCUUAACCCUGAUCACCUUAAACCGAUGAGGAAGAGGAAGAGGAAGGAGUACCUUAGUCCCUCUGAGGAAGACUCCGACAUGGAGGGCACGGAUGAGAAAAUGGAUGACUCUAAAGCAGACAGUCGACACAUCAGAGCAGCUGGAGACACUAAGACUGAGCAGUGGACGUGGGCUCUGUAUCUGGAGGAAACCAAAGCAGUUUUUUGUCCCAACAAGCUUUUCCAAGAGUCUCAGAGAGUGCCGACAGUGAAGAACGGCUUUAAACAGGGGAUGAAGCUGGAAGGCAUCGACCCGCAGCAUCCGUCCAUGUACUUUGUCCUCACUGUGGCUGAGGUCUGUGGUUACCGGUUGCGGCUCCAUUUUGAUGGCUACUCCGACUGUCACGACUUCUGGGUGAAUGCAAAUUCUCCCGACAUCCACCCUGCAGGCUGGUGUGAGAGCACAGGACACAAACUGCACACUCCCAAAGGCUGUAAAGAGGAGGAGUUUACCUGGACCAACUACCUGAGAAUGACUAAAGCACAAGUGGCUCCCAAAGAGUUGUUUGCCAGUCCUGGCAGGGUUGACGUGAAGUGCAGCUUCGACAUAGGCAUGAAACUGGAGGCUGUCGACCGCAUGAACCCCUCCCUCAUCUGUGUAGCAACUGUCACUGACAUGGUGGACUAUCGUUUCCUGGUUCAUUUUGACAACUGGGAUGACACAUAUGACUACUGGUGUGAUGCUAGCAGUCCGUACAUUCAUCCGAUUGGUUGGUGCCAGGAGAGGAACCUGCCCCUAACCCCACCCCAAGAUUACCCAGACCAGGCCCGGUUCUCCUGGUCUCACUACCUGGAGGAGACUGGUGCUAAGGCUGUGGCUGCUGAUGCCUUUAAAGUGCGUGUGGCCCACAGCUUCCAACCUCAGAUGAAACUGGAGGCCGUGGACAAGCGAAGUCCUGGUUUGAUCAGAGUAGCCACAGUGGAGGAGGUCGAGACUCACCGCAUAAAGAUCCAUUAUGACGGCUGGAGUCACGUCUAUGAUGAAUGGGUGGACUCAGAUCACCCAGACAUACAUCCAGCAGGCUGGUGUGAAGCAACCGGUCACCCACUGAAAAUUCCCCCACAGGACUCCAAGACACAGGAGCCACACGGUGUGAGGGAGCCUCCUGCCAUCGGUCAGUCGGUCUGCCCGUCCUCUGUUCCCUGCAAGCCCAUCAGCCACCCCAGAUCCAACAAGUACAGCUUCCACAACAGGUUCUCACCAGUACCUGAGAUAAAGACAUUGAAAUGUCCGACUCCAGGUUGUGACGGCUCAGGCCAUGUGACUGGUCGUUUCACUGCUCAUCACUGCAUAUCUGGCUGCCCGCUGGCUGAGCGUAACCAGGGCAGGCUGAAGGCUGAGCUGUCAGACUCGGAGUGCAAGAGGAACCUCUUCUUUGGCCAGAGGACCAAGAAGACCCAUUACCGUGGCAGGAUCGGCCGUCCUCCCAAAUACAGGAAGAACCAGCAGCGAGACUACCAGAACGUGUCCUCAGAGGUGUAUCCGUCACUGUUCAUGUCGGCACUGGGCGGCCAGUCAGACAGGACUCUGUCUCUGUGCUGGGAGCAGCACUGUAAACUGCUGCCUGGCGUUCAGGGCAUUCACGCGAGCCAGGUAGCGGCAUGGAACGUUGAAGAGGUCUCCAGUUUUGUCCAGAAUCUUAUCGGCUGUGAAGAACAAGCUCGUGUGUUUAAAGACGAGAUGAUUGACGGGGAGGCCUUCCUGCUGCUCACCCAGACCGACAUUGUGAAGAUCAUGAGCAUCAAGCUUGGCCCCGCCCUCAAGAUCUCCAACGCCAUCCUCAUGUUCAAGAGCACAGACGAGGGACUCAAGUGAUCCCACCCCCCCGCUCAUUAGGGGGGUGGGCCACGGGAUGGGACCAUUAAUCAUUAUGUGCCAAAUUCAUUAUAUUGCAGGGACAAAGACCCUGACCCCUUUUUUCAUGUGUUUGGUGUCCUGUACCCAUCAGA